GGCACAGGAGCGGCAGGCAAGAGAGGCACAACAAGCGGAGGAGGAGAGAGAGAGAUGGGAGGAGGAGAGGAAGACCAGAGAGGACGAGGAGAGAAGGACAAAGGAGAGACGUUGGAAAGACAUGCAGGAUCAGCUGGACCGAGAGAGAGAGGAGGCGUGUCUGCGUGCUUACAGGGAGACAGAGAGGAAGAGGCAGGAGAGAGAACUGUUGCAGAUACAGGAGGAGCAGGAGAGACUGCAGAGGAAGAAGCGGAUUGAGGAAAUCAUGAAGAGGACACGUAAGAGUGAGACGGACUCCUUAUGCCCAGGUGUGUGUGAGGUGAACGGGGGCCAGGCAGGACAUGUCAGGGAGUUGGAUCAGGACGAGUCCCCCAUCAUCACGCUGGGACCCCUGGAGAGUAAGAGCUGUGGAGGGGACGAGCUGUCUGACGGGGUACAGUCUAUGGACGUCAGUCCAGUGUCCAGGGAUGAGUUGGGUAGCGUUCAGGAGUUCUCUCCCAUCAGCGAGGGGUUAAACAGCAUGAGUAACACUCAUACCCUAGAGCACCUCCUGGAUCUCACCGCCCAGCCAGAAACGUCCCUUUACCCCAUGCUGCAGGCCGGCAGUGCUGCAGCCCUGGGAGACCUCAACAAGAACCUGCUGAUACAGGAUUAUAACCCCGCCUCCUUCACUAGCUCUUCCCCAAGCUCCGCCCAACUUCUCCACAGCCUCAGCCCUGGCAAACUGGACAUCUAGUAACCAGGGCGUUGGGUAGAACAACUAGCUGUUGGGUGCAAAGAGGAGCUAGGAGCAGCAAGGGGGUCUCUCCUCUCCUCCUACUUCCCCCCAUCAGAGAGAGACCAGCUCCUUGCACCUCCGCCCUCACCCUCUUUAGGGGAGAGACCCUCCCUAUGRACCCCCGGCUUCCACAGAGAACAACAACCGCUCAAUGUAUGGCUCGCCCUCAUCUAUACAACUCAACCACAGGAGGCUGCUGAGGGGAGGACGGCUCAUAAUAAUGUCCGGGAACGG